CUAGUGGACUGUAGUGGCUAGUACGCGAUUUGGGACGCAGCCGGUUAAACGGUCACUGACCUUAGUGCUCUGGGAAAGGACGAAGCAGCACGCGCUCAUGAAUUAUUCAUGAAUUUCUUUCUAAUCCGAAGUUGUUUUGGACGUCGCUCAUCUCACUUUGCUGGAAGUUUUUGCUUAGACCAGCUGCACUUGGACGCACCAAAAUCACCGCCCAACCUGCUCAUUUAGGUAACCAUUAUGAGUCAGAAGCUGAUGAUUAUCGACACUGACUGCGGCAUAGACGAUGCACAGGCUAUAAUGCUGGCUCUCGGCUCAUCCAAUGUGAAGAUCCUGGGCAUCACCUGCUGCUUUGGAAACACUGAUGUAGACAAUGUGUGUCAGAAUGUGCUGCGUGUACUGCGUGUGUGUCAGCAAACUCAGAUUCCUGUCUUUCGAGGGGCGGCCAGCUGUCUGGUUGGAGCAACAAACCCAUUCAAAGAUCAUUUCGGGACAGAUGGCUUAGGAGACGUUCUUCAGGACAGAGACUCAGACACUUGGAAAACACAAAUACAGAAAGAGCAUGCAGUUAAUUCUUUGAUCAGAUUGGUGAAUGAGCAUCCAGGGCAGGUCUCUCUUGUUGCUCUGGGUCCACUCACGAAUUUAGCUCUCGCUGUUAGAGUGGAUCCCUGCAUUCCCCAGAAGCUGAAGGAUUUGUACAUCAUGGGAGGCAACAUGGAAGGUAGAGGGAAUCUGAUGCCAUGUGCAGAGUUUAAUUUCUGUAUGGAUCCCGAGUCUGCCUACAUAGUCUUAGAGGAAUAUGUGUGUCCCACACACAUAGCCACCUGGGAGUUUACCUGCAGAAACAAGCUCUCUUGGGAGUUCUUUGAUGAGCUGACUGCCCAGGACAGUGCAGCUGCUCGUUUUAUGAAGAUGAUCACCUCUAAAUGUUGGGCUUUCUCCAAGGAGCCUGGAAAUAAUGCAAAGGAUGUACUUUUCGGGUCAGGGUUCGUGCCCUAUGAUGCCUAUGCUGUGGCAGCAUGUGUGGAUGGCAGCGUGAUCACAGAAAGUGUGGAGUGUGGUGUUCGCGUGGAGAUCCAGGGAGAGCUCGGCCGAGGCAUGAUGGCACUGGAUUUCACUGGCAAGCUGAAGAGUCAUCGGGUGUUUGUGAUGAAGACCUGCAACCUCACCAAGUUCAGCUCCAUGCUCAUGGCUUCCUUACAGCAACCGUGAGGAGUUAGAGCAGAGAUAGUUGAGUGGGCGAAGGUUUCAUAUUCUACUCAUCCAUUUUGGAUUUUAAAGAAAAAGCUUAAGAGGUCCUCUGAUUAGCCUCAUUUCACCUUCUGGACUGUUUAGGCAUUUCUAAAUUAGUAUGAAUUUAUAGGACAUCAGUAAGCACACAACUCUAGUGCCAAGCUGCCACAAUCAAAACAAAUCCAUUUAUGUUUGUGUAGUGUUGUGUUUGUAGGUUUCACACCUCAGCAAUUGAGAAUGGAAAAUGGAAAUAUUAUAUUGCUCCAUAUGCAUUUUCUGAUAGUAUGAAGUAGGAAGUAUGAAGUCCGAUAGCAGGGCCAGCCUCUCCGGAGCUGUAGCUGGUUUAUGGCCUUCAUCAUGGAACCAGCUGUGUUAGAGGGAAGUGUUGAUGCUAGUAUAUAGGGAUACAAUCAGGCCAUUUGAAAUUUGAAUUUGAUUUCUAAUCAAACCGAUUGUCUCAGUCUUUAGCCCACACACAUUAUACACGAUUUUUUCUUUCCAGUCAUAUUUGUACAAUGUGUUGUAUUGUCUGCAGCCAUGGUUUAAGAUAUAUUAACAAAACUCAGAAUUGUAUGUAUGUGUUAUAGAAAUUACAAGUGUAUAUGCAUCUUAUAAAAAUAAGAAGGAAAAAAAAAGAACAACCCAGUAAAUAUUGCUGCCUGAUAUGUUUAUUUCAUCCAACAUAACGGAUUUCUCACUCAUGGUGACAAAUGAACCAUGUAGAAAACAAACCCCUUUCAACUCAUUUUGACAUUAAAUUAAAAACCAAUUUUUAGCAAAUAAACCUUUCUUUAACCAGAAUCCAAUAAAAAUAAUAAGUUAAACCUCAAA